AUGAAGGUCCAGGCAAGUGAAAGGAAGAAGCAAAAAGAAUACUUAUAUAGCUUGCCUCCUCGGGCGCAGGAUGGAUGUAUAUGGUUAUCUCUGGUGUCUCUGAGAGCGCGGAGAGAACCUGCGCUGCAAACAAUACAAAUAAAAGGGCCGUCCGCAGAACCAACCGUCAAGCUGGCGUCCUCAACUCCCAACUUCCUUUCCUUUUUCUUUUCUUCUCUCCUCGCCCUCCCCACUACCUCCGUCACGUCGAUAUUAAAAGCCAUCAGCACUGCUCUCUCCUCGGCAAUCUCUCUCUUCCACACAUCUCCUUCAACGAGAGCUCUAGCAAGGCAAAAGACCGCUUCAUCAGCUACCCUUUCCGCGUCCGCGUCCAGCAAGAUGCAAUCCAAGAAGGCGAUCCAUUUCGGCGGCGGCAACAUCGGCCGUGGCUUCGUUGCCGAGUUCCUUCACGAGUCGGACUAUGAAGUCGUCUUCAUUGACGUGAUGGACCAGGUCAUCGAGAACCUGCAGAAGUCAGAGUCCUACACCGUCACCGAGAUCAGCUCUGCCGGCGAGAAUGUCAAGAAGAUCACCAACUACCGCGCCAUCAACUCAAAAUAUAACAUGGAGGAUGUCAUCCGUGAAAUAUCCACUGCAGAAGUUGUCACCUGUGCUGUUGGACCCAAUAUCCUCAAGUUCAUUGCCUCUCCUAUUGCAAAGGGUAUCGAUGCCCGCACUAUCGAACGCCCUCUUGCCGUCAUUGCUUGCGAGAACGCCAUUGGAGCAACGGAUUCCCUGGCCUCUUUCAUCAAAGAGCAUACAGACAAGGACCGUCUUGCCACCCUUUCUGACCGUGCCCGAUUUGCCAACUCUGCCAUUGACCGAAUCGUGCCCACUCAGGACCCCGAUGCCGGUCUAAACGUCAAGAUUGAGAAGUUUUAUGAGUGGGCGGUUGACCAGACUCCAUUUGGUGACUGGGGCCACCCAGACAUUAAGGCCAUCCACUGGGUUGACAACCUUGAGCCAUACAUUGAACGCAAGCUCUACACUGUUAACACUGGCCACGCCACUGCUGCCUACUAUGGGUAUAACUCUGGGAAAAAGACCAUCUACGAGGCUCUUUCUGACCCCCGUAUUAAGAAGAUGGUUGACGACGCCCUAAGCGAAACUUCUCGGCUCAUUAUUGACAAGCACGGCAUCCCAGAAGAGGAGCAGCGUGCUUACGUCAAUGCUAUUAUCGAACGUAUCUCUAACCCAUACCUGGAGGAUGUCGUGGAGCGUGUUGGCCGUGCGCCUGUCCGCAAGCUGGGCCGAAAGGAACGCUUUAUUGGUCCUGCUUCCCAACUCGCUGAGAGAGGCCAAAAGGUCGAUGCUCUGAUGGGUGCGGUCGAACAGGCUCUGCGCUUCCAGAAUGUAUCUGGCGACGAUGAGAGCACUGAGCUAGCCAAGAUCCUUCGUGAAGAGAACUGCGAAACCGCCACCCAGAAACUGACUGGGCUGGAACCUAACCACCCUCUGUACGACCGUGUUGUUGAGAAGGUUAGGAAGGUCCAGAAUGAGUCUAGCUGCACAAGCACCUGCAACUCGACAGUCGGAACCCAAAUCAACAAACGCCUCUUUGCAUUAUUAGCAAACAACGACAACUGGAAGGACAUUUCCUCCAAAGGAUCAGCGAAAGCAACAGAAUAA